AUGGCUUCUUCCACUUCUGUCAAGACCUACAACCGCGCCGCCUACAUCAAUCAGGAGGACCCGGAGGUCAGGAUUCACUAUGUCGAGUCACACCCUCCUAGCGGCCAACAGAAGAAAGGCACUAUCCUCCUGAUUCAUGGCUUUCCGGAGACAUCCUACCAAUUUCGCCACGCCAUGAUACCCUUGGCCGAGGCGGGCUACCAUGUCAUCGCACCCGACAAGAAGGGUCACGGAUUUAGUAGCAAACCCAUCGGUAAUAUGCAUCAGCAGGACCCGUUUACGAAGAAGUCCCUAGCCCACGACCUGCAUGAGCUACUCACCAAAUACAUGGGCAUCAAGGACAAAGUUCACGUCGUUGGCCAUGACAUCGGUGGGAUGGUCGCACACGCCUAUGUCUGCCAGUUUCCAGACGACGUCGCCUCUGUGAUCUGGGGAGAAUGUCCACUGCCGGGAUCGACACUGUACGAGAAUGAGAAGCACUCCCGACCACUAUGGCACUUUGACUUCCAGAGCCACAACCCAGACAUCGCCGUUGCACUGGUCCAGGGCAAGGAGAGGAUAUACCUGAAGCACUUUUACGACCGCCUGACGCAGAACCAAGCAGCUUUCACGCCGGAUGUGGUGGACUUCUAUGUGAUGCAAUUCAGUCAGCCAGACGCUCUGCGCUGUGCAUUUCUCACGUACCGCGCUUUCGCGAUCGACGCGGAGCAUAAUCGCAAAUGGAGGGAGGAGAAAGGCAAACUCAAGGUCAAGAAUAUGGUACUCUCUGGAAAGGAUAGCUUUCUCGCUGUCAAUGCUGAGUCGAUGGCCAAGGAGUUCUAUGAAGAUGUGAAGGUCGGAUUGGUGUCCGAUUCAGGACAUUAUCUUGCUGAGGAGAAUCCAGAUGGCUUUGUGGACGAAGUGCUGAAGUUUAUCGAGUCAUAG